CGAAUUUAUUUUGAUUAUUGAUAAAAUUGCUAGCACUAAUGAGAUAAUCGUAACAUGCACGACUUAUACUUCCUGCAGUAUAUAUAAAGCUAAGGAAAAAAUAGUUAUUGUUAAUAAUAACGUCUUUUGCGUUGAGUUAACAUGUGGUUACCGAUUCUUUUGGUGUUCCUCUUGACGUGCCAAAUUUCUACCUCGAUUGGCCUUUAUAAUGAAGAAAAUACUGGAUUCCGAGGAGAUUUAACACAUGCUAAAUUCGGUGAAAGAAUGCGAGAAUGGUUUCGAACUCUAAGGGAUCGUCUGUUAGGAAGGAAAUCUGAAUCUAAUGAUCCAGAAGAUGGAGGAAUAAUGAAUCUCGACAAAGCUGAGCUACAAGAUCGCGUUCGUAACUCUGGUGGAUUCUUUGUAGAUUUGUCUAAAGUAACGUUUGAUCCGAAAUACGAUAUCGGAUUCCGUAUUGGUCGUUGGUACUUCAUUCGAAUGGGAGACAUAAUCGAUAAUGAAUUUGUUUAUAACGAUUCAACGGGUUGGGAUAUGUCUUCUUCCUUCGUACCUGAUCAAUCAACGUAUCAAUUAUCUGGCGAUGAUUGGUCAAAUUAUAAUUAUAAAAAUAUAUUCAAAACCACGUUGUCCCCACCAACCACGGAAACUGCAUUUUCGACGGAGCAAACCACAAUGGAAAGUGAUGCAAUCGAAAGUAGUAUUACCGAAGCAUCUGUGAUAUUACUGGAAGACAAUGAAACUGAAUCAACAGGCAAUUCAGUUUCUGUUGAAGUUAUAUUCCCUUAAUAAAAUAAUCGUAAAUCUAUAACAUACAUCUGUUAAUUAUUACUUGCUUAUUAUUUUCUAUAUAAUUAAUCAUAUAUAAAAAAUUACAUAAGAUGAUGUUUAUCAUCAAGAAGAACACUAUUUUAUUUCAUAAAAUUUAUCAUAAUUAUUAUCUUAAUAUUGUUGUUCAAAUUAAUUAUAACAAUUUUUAUGCUGAUGUUAUGGACAUUGUGGCCUUCCUGAUGUGUAGUUGGUUUACUGCAAGAUAAAUGAUUGUAUUAAAAUUAAGCACACGGAUAUAUUAUGAGAAGCUGGUUAAAAUUGCAAAGGAGUUACUAUGUUUAUAAUCACACUUUGUUUAAACCAAAUCAAGCCAAGCCAAGCCAAGCCAUAAGUCAAAGAAAAGAAUUAUUUAUUAUUAUUAUAAAUUUAUGCGAUAUAAGAAAAAGACAAGCAAAGUUAGACUCAAGUCAGCAUAAUUAUUUUAAUUAAGGGAUUUUUAUAGUAUUGUAGAAGUAAGUUUAUAUUACUAUUACACUUCUAAGUUGAUUACUAAAUAUGUUAGCAUAGAAAAUAAUUAUUAGUUAUGAGUAAAAUUAAAAUAUACAUUUUUUUUUAGAUUUAAACAUAUUUUUCAUACGUUUAGCUAUCUAAUAAAUUAUCUAGUGAUCUACAAAUUAUGUAUUAUAAGUAUUGAAACUUUCAUAGCAAAUUUGUAGUUAUUUAAGAAAGCGAUUGAAAAGAUAUCUUUCAAAUAAAUUCAAACAAUAUGAAAUACCAAUUAAAACCAUAAUCAUAUGAAACAAAAUAGAAUUUGAAAUUACAUGCUGACCAUAUGUAAGCGUCAGAAUAAGAGACUAUUCCUUCUUGAGGUUUGUAGUGCAAAUGAUGAGCAUUUGUCUACUUUCUCCCCUAGAAAGUAAAUAAAAAGCGUAUUCCACCAUAGCAUGCAUAAAAGAGAAUAAACGACCAUAUAAACAAUUGUUGCCAUUUGUGAUAUUAAUUUAAAUAAAUAGAACUUUGACAAAGAA